UGUCAAGGAACAAGGAAUUGUAAACUUGUGUGUUUCCCUAGGUGCUUCCUAACAACAACAGUUAAUUGGAUUAAGAUCCGACUCGGAAUCGGAAACGGGCAAAGGGAACACAGAAUUGGUUUUCUGUGUGUGCGAGGGGGUGGCGCUGUGGAGGCGGAGGCGAAAACACACAAGAAAGGACAAGAGCGAUAAUGGCCACCACACAGCAAUACUCGUUGCGUUGGAAUAAUUAUCUACGCCAUUUAACCUACUCGUUGGAUAAUCACAGGCUAAACGAUGAUUUCGUCGAUGUCAGCCUGUGUGUGGAUGGACGGAAGAUUAAGGCCCACAAGGUGGUCCUAUCGUCCUGUUCGUCAUACUUUAAAGAGAUAUUCAAAGAGAAUCCGCAUCCACAUCCGGUUAUAAUAUUUAAGUUUAUCAAAUUUGAAGAUCUCAACUCGAUAAUUGAGUUUAUGUAUCAGGGCGAAGUGAAUGUUCAGCAAGAGGCUUUGCAAUCAUUUUUGCAAACUGCCGAACUAUUGGCUGUCCAGGGACUAACAGCCGAGGAGAAGGAGAAACCCCAAUUGCCAGUGGCACCAUUGAUCAGUGAGCAUAAAUUGAUCAAAACCAUACCCAGCACCAUAAGAGCUGUCAAUGAACAGCAAUUGCAGCAGCAGCACCAACAGCAGCAACAACAACAUCAUCAGCAGCAACAACAACAACAAGUGAAUGGAGCUUCUACCCAAACUAUCGAAAUACCAACGGCUACCCUGUUGCAGGCAACAGCGGCAAGUCAAGUGCAAACUCAAGUAGCUGCUGCUCAACUGCAACAAGUCCAGCAAACGCAACAGCAGCAGCAACAACAACAACAGCAACAGCAGCACCAUCAUCAUCAUGUACAAAACACUCAAAUUCAACACAUUCAAGUGCAAUCGGCACCGCCACAACCACAACAACAACAACAGCAACAGCAGCAACAACCGCCCCAACAACAGCAGCAGCAACAACAAACACAAAACCAACAGCAGCAACAACAACAACAGGCCACAACACAACAACAUCAAACACAACAUUUAACCAUAACAAAUGCUGUAACAUUACCCACUGCCAGCUCGGUGAAGAAACGCAAAAUAACCUUCUCCGAUGAUGAUGAUAAUACCUACACCACCGAAACGGUCGAUUAUGUUGUCAAGGAUGAGCAGACCAUUGUGAAAACUGCUGAAAUGACAUUUCUGCGCGGCCCAGUUAAAAUGGAUAUACCCGAUUAUAUAGUCAGCGAAGUGGACGAUCGUUUAUCCGAUGGUGCAACGCCGCAAACGUCACAGGAUGCCACAACAGCGGCAGGUCAGACGGUGGCACAAUAUCCAUCCGAAUAUGAGAUAUUAACCGAAUCCGAAAUUGAAGAGAAAUAUCAAGCGGAUCCGGACAAUGCAGAGAUUGCCAUCGAAAUGACACGACUGUUGGGCACAGCGGGCGGAGCGGGUACAACAACGACCACUCAAGCGGUAUUAGAGGAUGCGGGCACUGGUGCCCCAACAACAGUAGUUCCAUCGACUACGGUGUCUGUGACGCCGGUCAAAACGGAUAAUAAGGCCAGCGGCACAAAUGCUGCUUCUCCUGCUCCUGCCCCAGCACUUGCUGCUCCUGCUCCAGCUCCAACUACUCCUACGACAACUGCGGCGGGCAGCGAUGAUGAAUCCUCGACAGGAAGCACCCACAUGCCGUUCAUUUGCUCCUUCUGCAAACGGCGUUUGAAGUCGAUGAAUGCUUUGCGGCGUCACAUCGCCUCCAGGCACUCGCAAAUCCAGGGAAAGGAACACGAAUGCUUCGUGUGUUCGAGGAGUUUCAAGACCAAGUGGUCCCUGUCCACGCACAAUUCACGCUUCCAUAAGACGAGCAAAGAGUUUAUCAAAAUUGAGUUUGUGGAUCAAUAGUAUGAACAAACGAAACCAAGGAGAGGGAAAUUAAGGACAAAUUCAUCAAAAGUAUUGUAGAAACUAACUCAUCUAGGUAUAUACAAAGGAAAAGCAUAUAGAUUGUGCAAAUACUAAUGAUAAAUAGAUAUAUGUGCAGUAGAUUCCUGUUAUAACGAUACACUCAGAAAGGUUGAGUGGAAAAAUGUUGAAUCUUAUAUUUGUGCGUGAGUAAUUUCGUUUUGACGCUCUCAAAUAAACUUCGUAUAGACUUGGGCCUAUCUACAGUGUGCCACUAAAGUCACCGUACUCUCGUUAUAUUUCCACAAAUCACCCAGUAACUUGGCCAAAUUUGUAUUAACAUAUAAACUAUGUGAAUUCAUAGUUUUGAGCAGAAUAAUGUUUAAAUAUACAAAGUUUGUUUUAUGACGAAAAAUCUAAAACAAAAAGUCGGAUUUUGUUAAAUGAAACAAAUUUGAUUCUACAAUAUCGGUUAUAAGGAAGGUUAUAUCGUCCCUUAAGUAUCGUUAUACGGUUGUAAUCUGCUGUAU